AGACAUGCUUUUUAACGUUUUUUUGACAGAUUUCAAAGUCACUGUUAGAUAUAUAGUGUUAUUUCCGUCUGUUUUUAAUGUAGUACAUUUACACAGGAAGUAUGUUUACAGCACUAACCACAAAAAAGAAAAUAGGUCCACAUUGUUACAAUUCAUCAUUUCCAAUUAAUAAAAAAAAUGUAGGUAAAAAAUUCUCUUUGGGGCAUUAAUAAUGUAAUCAAAAUCAAAUUUACAGCUGCAAUCGCCAGCUACUUGGUGGCUGGAAGCAUCAACGGCGUCUGUUGUCACUGAAACCUUAAAACACAUUUAAUUAAUAACUGAUCAAUAUAGAGGCUAAUUAUAGGGCUUUGGUUCACAACACAAUAACUGUUUGCUCCCAAAAACCUUUGAAGCCGCGGAGAUUAUAUUUUGGGCACAUAUGUGACUAAAUUGGUUGGAGAAAAAUAUUACUUAAUUAUCCUGUGAUUGGCGGGCGACCGGUUCACGGUGUACUCCGCCUCCCGCCCGAAGAUAGCUGGGAUGGGCUCCAGCAGCCCGCGACCCGAGUGAGGAUAAGUGGUAAAGACAAUGGAUGGAUGGAUGGAUUACUUAAUUAUUUAAAGGUAGAGUGACUCUCUAAAAGGGACUUAGUAUAAAAGGUUAGGUUAAUUUAAUUAAGAAAAAAAAACACCUUGGUUUUGUCAAGCCAGUGUCCAGAAAAGGCCCCAUUGACAACUACUUCUGUUCGAACCAGUUUUGACCACCCCCUUUCCUCUGAUUGGUUGUCUCCGUGUAAAAGACCCAAACCCUCACUACUUGUGAGAGCACACGUGUUUGCUAUGUUGACAGCGCUGGCUCGGGAGUGGAGAGGUAGGCGGCGAUCUUCGCUCGUGACGUAUAUAAGCUUGAGAAAUUCGAAUGACCUGAUUUCAGGCCUCUUGGCAGAAAAUGUUCUGUAACUUAGGAAUGCGUGGACAAUUUUAAUUCAUAUUUCAUGAUUACUGACUUCCACUACCCAUCCUGCUCUCUUCCCCUUCUGUCCAUGUCUUUCUUGUCCUGUGUUAUCGUACAUUGUCCUGUUCUUCCCUCACAGGGUGUAACACUACUACUGCCUUGUACAAUACUCAAAUCCAAUGUGAUGCUGGAUAAUGCGUAUAAUGACUGGUUUUGGUUCUUACAACUAGUGUCGUCUUUUUUUGUUUAUUUUUUUGCUGUCAUCUCCUUUGGCAGCACGGUGGAUGCCUGGUUAACGCAUCCACCUCACAUUUCUGAGGACCCGGGUUCAAAUCCGGCCUCGGCUGUGUGGAGUUUGCAUGUUUUCCCCGUGCUUGUGUGGGUUUUCUCCGGGUACUCCGGUUUAGGUUAAUUAUAGACUCUAAAUUGCUCGUAGGUGUGAAUCUGAGUGUGAAUGGUUGUUUGUUUCGAUGUGCCCUGCGGUUGUCUGGCGACCAGUUCAGUUCAGGGUUCUUGCCCGAAGAUAGCUGGGAUAGGCUCCAGCACGCCCACGCCCCGCGUGAGAAGAAGCGGUACGGAAAAUGGAUGGAUGGAUCUCCUUUUUCCUUCUGUCACUCCCCUUUAAAACCUCGUUCUAUUCAACUGAUAUUUUCAAUAAAUAUCCAUCAUAAUACAAAGAACCAUAGUGGCAGUAAAAAAAAAAAAAAAUACAUUGUUGCACAGUAAAAGUGCAAAAAGGGAUACAGAUUCUCCAUUUUGCUUGACCUAAAAGCUGAACAUGAAAGGUUUGAAAAAAUAAUAAUAAGAAGAAGAAAAUGAUAUUAAAGUAGUCUUGAAAAUAUCUGGGACAGGUUGAUUUGGCUUAUAUUUAUCUCUUGGCUCUCUCCACUUUCUAAUCAUUAUUCUCGUCAAUGAAAUUUCAAGUUGAAUAGGUCUUAUACAAUGCACCUUGGCUGAAAUGUUUCAUAUUUCAUAUCCAUCUUGAGGUCCGUAUGAUUCCUAGACUGCGACACAAAUGGCUUUAUUCUGUGAUAUCCUUGAGACUCACGUCCAGUAGAUGUCGCUCCAUUGUUACUGUCUCCUCUGUCUACUGUCUACUCUGUGUCCUGCUUACAUGUUGUACAUGCUGUAGUUAGGAAUAUCAAUAGCUGUCUAUGUCUUUUACUCACAACUUUUGGUUUUAGUUUUUUUUUUGUGUUAAUAUAUCGUCAGUGCAGGUUGUGCUCUGUGCAGUGCCUCCUUGCUCGUUUUCAUUGUGCGGCAACUGCGUAGUUAGUGCACAUGAGCGCCUGAUGCUUACCAAGGGACUUUACCACAGUACUGCGUAGUAACUGUAUGGAGGGGAUGCCACAGGGGGGUCCAGGCAUAGUGUUAAGGGGGCACUGCCCCCUCUGCAACCUCCACCCAGAACCGCCACGGCACACUGAUUGAGAAUCACUGAUAUGCCAUGCUAUGCUAGUUACGUUACGUUACGUUAUACCCAUCCAUCCAUUUUGUACAGCCUGCCGCUUAUCCUCAGGAUUAGUUGGAACCUAUCAGAGCUGACUUGACGAGGUACAGAGCACGAAUAGACAACCAUUCACACUAGAAUUCACGCCUCUGGAUAAUUUACACUUUAGAGUCUUCAAUUAACCUAAAAAGCAUGUUUUUAGAAUGUGAGAGGAAGCUGGCGUACCCACUGAAACCCCACACAAGCAAACUCACAGAGGAAGGCAGGAACCCAAAUUCUAAACCAACCUUAGCACUGUGAGCCGGAUGUGCACACUACUGGUCCAGUGUGUAGCCUUACAUCAUAUUACAUAUUAUACACACACUCACACAGUCACCUAUGGUCAAUUUCGAGUUCAGUUAAAUGAACUUGCAUGUUUUUGGAAUGUGGGAGGAAGUCAAAUAGCUGAAGAUAACCCACACAAACCUGGGGAGAACAUAAGAACCUCUCAACAGUGAAGCAGUCGUGCUAACCCCUUUUCCACCUUGCUACCUGUAUCAUAUUAAUUUAGAUUAUAUUAUAUGAAAUAUAAAGGUAAAGAGGGAGCUAAGCCGAAAGGUGAAGCUCUCAAUUUACCGGUCGAUCUACGUUCCUACCCUCACUUAUGGUCACGAGCUGUGGGUCGUGACCCAAAGAACAAGAUCCCGGGCUCUCCCUUAGAAAUAGGGUGAGAAGCUCGGUCAUCCGGGAGGAUCUCAGAGAAGAGUCGCUGCUCCUCCACAUCGACAGGAGCCAGAUGAGGUGGCUGGGGCAUCUGAUUCGGAUGCCUCCCGGACACCUCCCUGGUGAGGUGUUCCGGGCAUGUCCCACCGGGAGGAGACCCCGGGGACGACCCAGGACACGCUGGAGAGACUACGUCCUUCGGCUGGCCUGGGAAUGCCUCGGGAUCCCCCCGGAAGAGCUGGAUGAAGUGGCUGGGGAGAGGGAAGUCUGGGCGUCCCUGCUAAAGCUACUGCCCCCGCGACCCGACCUCGAAAUAUAAAAUAAUAACACGUAAUUUAUGUUUUUUCUACUGUUAAAUUUUCAUAUGAAGUACAAAAUUACAUUACAUUAUACUUAUCCAUGUUUCCAGUGCUGUUUUAUUUUGUUGAAAUUGGCACAGUUUCAAGGAUGUGACAUUGAAGGAGCUGCUUAAAAAGGUGUCGAGCUGCAGCUCAGGGCCUCUCUCCACCAAAGCCACUUCUGCUGAGGAUCUCUUGGACUCAAAAAUGGACUGGGUUCUUCUGUGCCUUUAUGUGUUUUUUUUCAUGGGCCUGAGUAUUUUAGCUUUUAAGGUAAGAUUACGAAAGUCAAUACAGCAGCUCCCGUGCCUGCCAUCGCUCCCUUUCAUCGGGAGUCUGCUGAGCCUACGAAGUGUAUAUCCGCCUCACGUGCUUUUCAAGAAACUACAGGAGAAAUAUGGUCAAACCUAUUCACUGAUGAUGGGCUCGCACAGAGUCAUCAUUGUCAACCAGUACUCACAUGCAAAAGAAGUACUGCUGAAGAAGGGCAAGAUAUUUGCAGGGAGACCAAGAACAGUAACCACAGAUGUGCUGACCAGAGAUGGGAAAGACAUUGCUUUUGGAGACUACAGUGCUACCUGGAAGUUCCACAGGAAACUUGUCCAUGGAGCGCUCCACAUGUUUGGACAAGGAUCUGCCUCAAUUGAGAAGAUCAUCUGCUCACAGGCACAGUCUCUUUGCUCCAUCAUGUCAGAAAAAUCUGCUGCUGAGGAUUCUGUGGACUUUUCUCCCGAUCUGACGCGGGUUGUCACCAACGUCAUCUGUUCACUCUGUUUCAACUCCACAUACUCCAUUGGAGACCCUGAGUUUGAGGCCCUACUUCUUUACAGCCAGGGGAUCGUGGACACUGUUGCCAAAGACAGCCUGGUGGAUAUUUUCCCAUGGUUACAGGUUUUUCCUAAUGCAGACCUCCGUCUCCUGAAACAAUCUGUUUCAAUCCGAGACAAACUUCUGCAUAAGAAAUAUGAGGAACACAAGGCAGAUUACAGUGACAAUUUGAAGAGAGACCUGAUAGAUGUUCUACUCAGUGCGAAACGCAGUGCUGAGAACAACAACACAGUAGAGAUCAGUUCUGAGGCUUUGGGCCUUAGUGAUGACCACAUCCUUAUGACUGUGGGGGAUAUCUUUGGAGCCGGGAUGGAAACCACCAUCACUGUCCUCAAAUGGGCCAUUAUCUACCUUAUCCAUCACCCUGAGGUGCAGAAACGUAUCCAGGAGGAGAUGGACACCAAGUUAGAGGGAGAGCGGAGCCCCCUGCUCAGCGACAGAGGCAAUCUGCCUUAUCUUGAGGCCACCAUCAGGGAGGUGUUACGGAUCCGCCCAGUUUCCCCUCUUCUCAUCCCUCAUGUGGCCCUAAAGGAUACAAGCCUUGGACAUUUCAAAGUGAGAAAAGGGACCAGAGUCAUUGUCAACCUGUGGUCUCUGCACCAUGAUGAGAAAGAAUGGAAACACCCCGAGCUCUUUGACCCUGGUCGAUUUUUGAAUAGUGAAGGCACAAGUCUGAUCAACCCAUCAUCCAGCUACCUGCCGUUUGGUGCCGGGGUCAGGGUCUGUCUUGGCGAGGCCUUAGCCAAGAUGGAACUUUUUAUCUUCCUGUCCUGGAUUCUGCAGCGCUUCACAUUCUCUACCCCAUCAGGUCAACCUCCUCCUGUGUUGGAGGGCAAGUUUGGCGUGGUUCUUCAACCAGCCAAAUACAAGGUGACCGUCACACCCAGAUCAAGUUGGAAGACAAACAAGUGACUUUGUGGAUAAAGUGUUACUUUUAAAAUGUAAAUAUUUUUGGCAGUUCAACAAUUUGAAAUUGCUUCACAGCACACGAAACCAGAGUAUGUUUUUGCUUCUUAAGUCCACCACAGAAGGCCACUGGUGAAUGUAAGCCAAAGAGUACAAAUGUGAAGAAAUUAAACACCUUAAUGAACUGAAUGAAUGAACUUAGUUGAAGAAUUUAAUGAAGUAGGAAAGGGGUCUCUGUCCUAUGUGGCUAACAAAAAGUAGACAACAACUAUAAAAUAAAAAGAACAGUAUGUCCAGCGGAAACUGAACUGAACUCUCUGAAGCAACUCAACCUCCAGGUUGUAAUACUCCCUUUUACAACCCCUUUGCUUUCAAUUGCAACUCUUCUUCAGUUACUUCCUCGUUUUGUUUUUUUUUUGUUUUUGUUUUUUUACUAUUGCUCUGCAAUUGGCGGGCAACUAGUCCAGGGUGAACCCCUCCUCUCGUUCAAUGUCACCUGCGACUCUAAUGAGGGCAAGAAAAUUAAUGGAUGGACGUGAUGUUAUACUGUUAACCAUUAUGAUCCAUGUGGUGGGCACAGCCGCCUAACAGUCAGAGGGUUAGGUUUAGUUUCACUUUAUUGUAUUUAUGUUCAAUUAUUUAGUUUGUUUUUUAGUUGGGCGGGACAAAAAAUGACCAGAUGACAUGUUUAUAGUAAAUAUAUAGUAUACUGGAUUUAUUUUUAUUACUUUUAGUAGUUAUGAGAUGUGAUUUAGUAUCCCACAUAGUGCUUUAUUACUUACUUUGAUGCAUAGAUCAUCCCGUCUGCUCUUGUAGCUGAAUGUGUUCUAUUUUGAGAUUAAAAACCACACAUGAGUAAAGACGUCAGGCUGACAAAAUGAUUAAAUCAGCAACACUGC